UCCUUAAACUGUGGUUUAAAUAAGAGUCGUGAGCCUUGUGAUUCUUCACUCCUCCGUUGUGUCUCCAGCCAGAGCAGAACACAUCUUUCCUCAGCCACCAUGAGUAUGAUGGCAAGGUCCAGCCAAAUCUCCUUCAGGUCCUCUGGAGGAAGCAUGAUGGACAGUGGAGGAAGCAUGAUGGGCGGUCGAGGAGGAGGGAUGCUUGCCAUGAAAGCUGCAAGUGUGUCCGGCGGAUUCGGUGGAAUGCGCAUCUCCAGCUCCAUUGGGGGUGGGAGUUAUGCUGCUGCAGGUAGCGGUGGCUACGGAGGAGGAUACUCCUCUUCCUCCGGCUUCAGCAUGUCUGGAAUGGAAGAGGGUGUCAUUGGCAAUGAGAAGUUUACCAUGCAGAACCUGAACGACCGUUUGGCCACCUACCUGGCAAAGGUGCGCUCUCUGGAGAAGGCCAACGCUGAGCUGGAGCUGAAGAUCAGGCAGUUCUUAGAGAACAAGGCUGGCCCCUCCACCAGGGACUACAGUGCCUUUUUCGCCACCAUCGCUGACCUGCAGGGCAAGAUUCAGGAUGCCAUCCGAGUGAAUGGCAGCAUCCACCUCAGCAUUGACAACGCCCGUCUGGCUGCUGACGACUUCAGGAUCAAGUAUGAGAACGAGCUGGCCAUGCGCCAGUCGGUGGAAGCCGACAUUGCCGGGCUGAGGAGGGUUCUUGACGAGCUGACAAUGACCAGGUCUGACCUGGAGAUGCAGAUCGAGGGCCUGAAGGAGGAGUUGAUCUUCCUCAAGAAGAACCAUGAGGAGGAGCUUCUGGCCUUGCGAGCCCAGAUGAGCGGUCAGGUCAACGUGGACGUAGACGCUGGGCCAAGUGUCGACCUGAACAAGAUCUUGACAGAGAUGAGAGAACACUAUGAGGGCAUCGCUGCUAAGAACCGUAAAGAACUGGAGACCUGGUUCCAGGCCAAGACAGAGACACUCAACAAAGAGGUGGUAAGCCAGACUGCUACCUUGGAGACAUCCAAGUCGGAGAUCACGGAGGUCAAGCGCACGCUGCAGGCUCUGGAGAUUGAACUGCAGUCCCUGCUGGGAUUGAAAGCGUCACUGGAGGGGACACUGGCGGACACUCAGAACCGAUACGCCAUGAUUCUCGCUGGAUACCAGUCUCAGGUGACCAGCAUAGAGGCGCAGUUGGUCGAGCUGAGGGCUGAUAUGGAGCGUCAGGGACAAGAGUACCAGAUGCUACUGGACAUCAAGACCCGCCUGGAGGUAGAGAUUGCACAGUACAGGAGGCUGCUGGAAGGAGAGUCCACCAGUACGAGCUCUUCCAGCACUACAACCAAAAACAUUGUGACGGUGAUUGAGGAGACGGUGGAUGGGAAGCUUGUUUCCUCAACCUCAUCCACCCAGUCCUCCAAAAAGACCUACUGAGAAGUCCAAGCUUAUGUCUCCUGGACCUGCAAACAAUAAAGUCUCUCAGAAACAUGAGCUGUGCAACAUUUCAUUUUCUGAAGCUCUGAACUAUAGACUUUAUUUGGUCUUUCAGGAAUCCAUAUCGCAACACAUGUUCCAAAGGUUGCAG